AUAUGCAACACAACAUCACCCUACUUCGUCCAAGUUUGGUGUACGUGAACCCGACGUCAGGUCUGAACUCUCUCCUAUAGACAUGAGGGACCCCCUUCAACAGCAACAUUCUCCAGACAACGACCACAUCACCUUGCCAUCACCAUCUUCCUCCUUGAGCUCCGACAACGAUGGGGAAGAAGACACAAGUCUAGGCACUGUCUCAGGAACGUCAACUCUGUCCCAGCAAAGCAGACAAUUUUCCAACAAGAAGCCUCCCUAUUCAUACGUGGCUCUCAUCACCAUGGCCGUCGAGAGUUCCACUACAGGCAUGAUGACUCUCAACGACAUCUACAACUACAUCAUCAAGAGAUUUCCCUACUACCAAGACAACCAACGGAGAUGGCAGAACUCCAUCAGACACAACCUCUCCCUCAAUGAUUGUUUCGUCAAGGUGCCCCGACCUCCAGGGAAACCAGGCAAGGGUAACCUGUGGGCUCUGCAUCCAUCUUGUGGGGACAUGUUCGGUAACGGUAGUUUCCUUCGUCGUUCCAAACGUUUCAAGUCGGCACAAAAGCAACGUCGUGAUGAUCUUCCAUUCCAUCCUGCCAGUUCUUAUGGACAGUUAUUCGGAUUGUAUGGGGGUCCAUCACCUUACACAGGUUUCAACCCCCUCAGUCUCGGCUCCUUACCCCAGGGGCUGACCCAGACACACCCCUACAGCACAUCGAGCAAGCCUGAUUCCAGUACUUGGACCAUGGGAUCUCCUACAGUCUACUCUUCACCAGCCGGCUACUACAACCCCAGCAGCAUCAACAGCUCUCUAACCGGCUCCCCUCUCUCCAGCUCUCCGCCGGGAAGCUCGUCCCUGAGUGGGACCUAUAUGCCUCAAGUUUCAUCGUCCAGCUUUGAGAGAUCUAGAAAUCCUUAUGACUCUCUGUACCAGCGAGUACAGCAAUCACUCCCCAGUGCUACAAAGUCCAUUCAACCUUUGGGAAACCAAUACACUAACUUUAUGUAA